AUGCAGUUCUCCUUCGUCACAGUUUUGACCACCGUCCUGGCCGCCGCCUCGACCGCCUCGGCCCUCGCCAUCCAGCCCGCGCACCUGGAGACCCGGGGCCCCACCGUCACCAUCCUGGAGGAGGCGGCCGUUGACAAGCGCGGAGCCGCUGCUUCAAUCGGCAGCGCCGCCGGCACCGAGGCCGCCAAGGAAGCCGCCAAGAUCGCGAUCCGGGCCGUCGCCAGCCUCAUCGGCAACAUCGUCGAGUGGGACAGCGCUCGCCAGACCUUCACCAAGGAGACGGUCAAGCAGAUGAUGGACAACAACAAGGACCCGACCAUUGUGGCUGCCGCCUGCUACAACAAGGGCUACAGGGUCCAGAACGAGAACAACAUCGACGGCAAAACCAGCGUCGACUUCAAGCUUGGCGUCCUCCACACCAACUACGACUGCAUGUACCUCAGGGCCCCCAAUGCCUUCUGGACCGACAGCGACGGUGGCUACCAGAACCUUGCCUACCGCUACACCAAGGCUUGCUGGUUUGACAGCAAAACCGGCGACCUCACCUGCAACUAA